GGCUUCAGAAGGCAGAACAUGAUGCACAUUGCGAAGACACUGGUUCAUGUCUGAUAUAUAUAUACCUCUGAGGUGUCGAGUGUUAAACCAGUGGAGCAAUGAAUGGCGGAAAAGACUGUGAGGCGGGAGAUGAGAGGCAGGCCAUCCCUGUCCAGGUCCCCAUUGGCUGGCAGCGCAAGGCGGAGCAAGGUGGAGGUGUCCUGUAUGUGAGUCCCAGCGGCUCGGUGCUGUCCAGCUUGGAGCAGGUGAAAACUUACCUGCUGACGGAUGGAACGUGCAAAUGUGGCUUGGAGUGCCCACUCAUCCUCCACAAGGUGUUCAACUUCGACCCCGGGGCGGUUGUCAAACAGAGAACGACGGAGGACGUGAAGGCAGACGAAGACGUGACCAAACUCUGCAUUCACAAGAGGAAACUUCUGGCUGUAGCCACUCUGCACAAGAGCAUGGAGACGCACCCGCCUUUGACGCUAACAAGUUCAGGAGGAGGUACACCACCUGCGGCUGCCGUGCAUUCUACAACUCAACGAGCAAUAAGGACUAAACCCCAUGAUGGUCUGCCUGGUGCUGUUGGACCUGAGUGCAAAAAUCCAUUCAAGAUGAUGAUGGGACCACAGCAGCAGCAGAGGUUGUAUCCUCCGCAGGAGGUGGGUGGAGCGCAACAGCAUGAGCUCUACUCCGGAUACCCCAGGACGCAGAGGCUGUGCAGUGGGGAGCCUGGAACUAAAUCCCCAAACCGGGCAGUUUAUGGAGGAAUGUUAAGUCCAUCUCCCUCUGGUGCUAAACUGUAUGGAGAUGGCUCUCAGUCUCCCAGUGUGGAAACUUUGGGCAGCCCUGAGGUUUUUCAAAGGACCAAUCCAUGUGGGUUUCCAGGUAGUCCUGCCUCUGUUUCCAUCCAUGGAAACAUUAGGACGCCUUUGUCUCCACCCAGUGUUGUACUCCACGGCUCUCCUGCAGGUCAGCCAUCCUGUGCCAUGACAGGAAGGACUAGCACACCUCUCUCUCCUACGGCUACUGCCAAAAGCCCUGUCAUGAACAUGAACAUGCCGCGGGGGAACUUCCCCCCUGGCAUGGAUCUGCCUCGAGUCGCAUUUCACCAUAAACUGCAGCCCCCUGUGCAUCCUGUACCACCACCCUGUGCUCUUCAGAAAAGGCAAAUGACCUCUGAAAAGGACCCCUUAGGCAUCCUUGACCCCAUCCCUAGCAAACCAGUCAGCCAGCCCCACACCAACGCCCCUAACCCUUCCAACUUCCAGCCCAACAUCCACUCUCAGGUACCAAUGAUGAAUGUAAACAUACCCCCUCCUGCCAUUGUUCCCUUGCCAAGCAACUUACCUUUACCCACAGCGAAGCCUGGGCCUGUGGGGCAUGGUGGUAAUGUGCAAAGGACUCAACAGGGAGGUCCCGUGUCCUCCAUGUCCCCAUCCCCUGUCACAUCCCCCGUUCACAUGACUGGCCCUGUACACGGAAGGAUGGAAGCCUCACCUCAUCGCUCACGGUCAUCCUCCACCUCUUCCGACCAUGGAAACUUUGCUACACCCUCUGGGCACCAGUCCCAAUGUGGCCCAAUGAAGGUCCCCCCUCGCUCUCCCAGGUCUGCUAUUGGGUCUCCGAGGCCAGCCAUGCCCUCAAGCCCCUCCACCAACAAAACAGACCCACUCCACCAGUACAAAGACUCCCAGCUGCUGCCUGUGAUGGGUAACUCGGUUAGCACCCAUCAGCACAGCAACCCCUUAUGUUCACCCACAUCUUCCUCAUCGUCCUCAUCCUCUCUGCCAACUUCCAGUGCUUCCCAGAAGGGCCACCCUGGACUCCUUGGGAUGCCCCUGAACCAGAUCCUCAACCAACAAAAUGCCGCUUCCUUCCCUGCCAGCAGUCUCCUCUCAGCCGCAGCCAAAGCACAGCUAGCAAAUCAAAACAAACUCGGCGCUGCUGGCAGCAGCUCUGCUGGCAUGGCUGCUGGCGGCGUUGGAAUGUCAGGCAUGGGGGCAGGCGGUGGAGGUAAUGGUGGUAGUGUUGGGCACCCAGGCUCUAUAAGUGGCCCUCGAGGCAUGGAGGGACACAGCACUUUAAGCCCCAUGCUCCCCCCAUACUCCAACAUGCUACUUAACACUCCUGAGGGUCAGAGCGGCCGGGCAGCACUUCGAGACAAACUCAUGGCCCAGCAGCGGGACCCUGCACGCAAACGAAAACAGUCGUCUGGCAGCGCUGUUAACCACGACAACAGCAACAACAUGGUCUUUAACAUGAUUAACAAACCAGGAAUGGGGGUCCCCCACAUGCCAGGACCCAGUGCCACCGAGCAGCUGAGAAAAGUGGGACGUAUCGGAAACCUGCAUCCAAACACGUCUAUGGCUCAGCUUCUCCAGUCCAUGAGCUGCCAGAGUUCCCACAACCUAGGUGGAAAUGGCCACCGUCCUGGACUUAACCCUGUCCCGGGUUCUGGCCCUGUAGUACCGGCACAGCUUCACUACAGUGACAACACAGGCACCGUCCCUCAGCAGAACCUCCUGGUUCAGCAGAGACUGCAGGGUCCAGGAGAGGCCCUGCAGCCCUGCCAGAGCAUGGACCCUUCUGGGGGCUAUCUGGUUUCCCGCUCAGGCCCGUUCCCUGACAUGAUGGCUCAGAUACAGAUGAACAACUGUGGGUCUAUGGGACCAGGCGGUAGACCAGUAGGACCUGAUGGCAUGCCAAUGGUACGCCCCAACACUAAUCCCCCACCACUGUCCCAUCCUGGCCCCCAUCCAUCGCAGCUCCGUCGGACCAACAUGGUGAUGACGCAUUCAGGUGGUGAUGGAGGCUGCAACCAAACCGUGUCUGACACUGGCUGUGGAAUGGGCUCAUUGCCGCCACACAUCAACGCCGGCGGGGGUCAAAUGUACCAGCAGCAGAUCCACCAGGGAAUGCAGCAGGGGAUGUCCUCUCAUCCGUCCUACCAGGGCCAGCAGCACUUCUCUGAAAACCCACCCUACAAAGAUGGCAACACCGCAGGCUCCAUGGCCUGUCUCUAUCAGAACUACCAGCAAGGGAUGAUGUCGCACCCGCAGUUUGAGGAGCAACAGCCUCGAAGUGAAGGGCUUCCAGCUGGACCGCCUGGACCUGACAGGGGCCCCGGCGGAGGGCCGGAGGUGGUGGAUGCCAUCUACAGAGCUGUGGUUGAUGCUGCCAGUAAGGGCAUGCAUGUUACCAUCACCACCACCGUGAGCGGGACCACACAGGCAGGUCCGAUGACCGCCCUUAGUGCCAUGAGUGCCUUCACUGCCAACCUCGGGGAACCUGUCAACCUCCCCCAAGCUGUCAGCGCAGUCCUGCACGGGCACCAAGAAGGAGAGACCAGACCAAGACAGGUGAGACCCAUACGGGGCCAGAAAACCAUGGAUCCAGGAAAGAGCACUCCGGAUGGCCCCGAGGCGAACGACUACUUCCGGUCUCCUGGUCGAGGAACGCCCAGAGGGCAGUGGGACGGGGAGACGCAGCACGGGGGAGGUUUCGACGCACAGAGCAACAAGAAUGCCUGGGGUGGGGAGGAGUUCCUGGAGUGCUCUACCCAGGUAAGAAGUAGUCCCUGCAUGGAGAGACCUGCUAGUCUGGCCCCUGCCCCACCGUGUCCCACUGAGGGGUCUAACAACCACAGCCUGGCCGUGGCCCACGAUAAGACCUUUCUGGACGACAGUUACCGCUUUAACAACUGCAGCCGGACACCCGCCAACUACAAGGAGCGUCUCGAGCAAACAGUGGAGCGCUGCGCCCACAUCAACGGCGUCACCCCCCACUUCAACAGCCGGGGUUACGGAGAAGUCCUGGGCCCCCCACGGCAGGAGCUAACGGGGGACGACCAGUCUCCCAGCUCCUCCACCAGCCUGGAGGGACCUCUGGCCACACCCAAAGACUACAGCCACUACAACGGCCACUUCAACGGCACGACCCCCAGCCCCUCGGACACAAAGAGCCUGAGCAGCGAGGAAGACCUGCGGCAGCCGGACUCCCCCUCAUCAGAGCUGCUCCACUACCGCUCCAGAACCUUCAAUAUGGGAGAGCUGGUCUGGGGCCAGCUGAAGGGCUUUCCACCAUGGCCCGCCAAGUUGGCUGGGGAGGAUCAGGUGCACUGUGCUGCUGUGCAGCUGAGAGAGCAGGCCAAGGUAGAGCCUGAAAAACUAAAAACACUAACGCAUGACUUGGAGGCACUGGACCGAGCCGCCAAAAGAGGCCUGAAGCAAGGGAAACUGAAUAAUAAUCCUCUAAAAGCUGCUCUUCACGAGGCUAUGAGUGAGCUUGAUAAGAUGUCGGGCGCACUCCCGACGAGGGAUCGUCAGCUGAUGCUCCCCAAGCCCAAGAGGAGGAAGAUUUCCAGAUAACAAUGAAUGUGUCGGCCCAGGAACAUCCUCAAAGCCGUCGGAGGCUCGGUCCGUUCGGCCUUGAAGUGGUCUGAGCUCUCGAACAGGUGCUACACAAGGACUGUCAGCGGUUCAUCGCCGCUCCACGAAAUCAACGCGACUUUAUGACUGACCACAAAAGGUGCUGGAAACUCCAAUCACCAAUACAGUUUUAACUGUAGGACAAAACAAAUAAAAAACAGAAAAAUACAAAAAAAAAAAAUCAAACUGUUGCAAUUUGUCUACAGUUCAUUGAAUUAACUAUUUUUUUCUAGUAUAAGAUAGUAAAAUAAACAAAAAAAAAAGCUACAAGCGUUACCUUACAUAUUUAAGAAAAAUAGACAGUCCAAAUAUUUCUGAUACAUUUUCAAUAUGUACAUAGAUAAUCCUGAAAUUUCACGCUAUUAUGAAUUGUAUGUAAAUAUUGUACAAUGUCAUGUACAAGCGUACCUAAUGCACAUUUUAUCUUUUAUUGUACAAAAACAAAGCAGUAGAAGUGUACCAAUGUCUCGGUUUCUAUUCAGAAGUGCGGCUGCGUACGGCCGCAUGCAUAGGACAAAUAAUACAGCCUAAAGCUUUUAUAUGACGGACUGUGAGUCGUGCCGUUUCCUUUUGUUUGGUUGGUUCUUUUCUCAAGGAACAGUCAUGGAAAAGGCAUGAGUAUUUGAGAACCCCAUUACAGUUUUCACUUCACGCCAGCUGAGUGUUUGUUUCUUACUGGGGAUUAAAAGUAAAAAAAAAAAAAAAAAAA